AUGUCGCAACAUCAGCCCCCAACCUUGAAUUUACACGCGGCUACUAAAAAACAAAAACUUAAUGAUAAAAAAGCAGGCAGUACUACAACUCCUACUUCAGGAGGGAGAAGUGUAGGUGGAAUGCUAGACAGCGCCAAAGGUAAAAAGUUUGGCUCUGGAAGGGGUGGGAAUAAUACGACUAGAAUAGAAAGUAGUCCCGUUGGCAAGAAAACUAGUAUAACUAGUGCUACUGACGCAACCGCUGCUACCUCACAUACUGGCACCACGUUACGUGCUGUUGAUAAACAACGACGGACAGUAUUCAAGGCUGUAUUAGACUCGCCAUUUACUAUAACCUGGCCUACUAUAUCAAAACCAGAUUUAGAAAUCAUUUUUGAAGCUUUAUGCAGAGUGUUAUCAUGUAUCGGUGAAUAUCGUCUCAAAAAACGAACAUAUAGAAGAUCGAUCAAUAAAAAAAAGAAACAAGGAUCGAUAAAUAAAAAGGAUGAGGAGGUUCGAAUGGAAAUUAAUUCUUCUCACAAUAACAAUGAUAUCACUACUACUAAUGACUACAUGGAUGUGGAUGCAAUCAAUGAAAAAAAUAAGUCGUCUGAAUUGGUUACAGUGGCAGAUACACAAUUAUCGUCGUCAAUAUAUGAACAAAAAGAAGCAAACGUUUCAAUUUCUUCUGGUUUUGAAGAACCACCUUCGAUUUUUUAUUCGUUAAUAUUCGGAAUUAAUGCGGUAACAAAGCAUCUUGAACAAACUAUGAGUUCUCAUGUACAACUAUCACCUUUUUAUCACCGAAUACAAAAAAAAGGAAAACAUGUGGAUACUACUACUAAUGAUGACAAUAAUAAAGUCAACAAAUUAAACUUACGAUUGAUAUUCGUUGCAAAAAAUGAUAUCUCGCCUGACAAUCUAUACGCCCACCUACCCACCAUGGCAAGCAUGCAAGGAAGAAAUCUCUUACUUGUUACAUUGCCAAAAGGUGCACUACGACGACUAGGACAAGUGACUGGGAUGAAAUCAGUUUCGUGUAUUGGCGUUUUGGCAAAUGAUGCGCCUGAAUUGAAUACUCUUUAUGAACUUGUAAAAAGCAAAGUAGAACCAGUAACAGCUUUUUGGUUGGAUCCUAUUCGAAAAAAAUUUGCGCGUAAACGGAAAUUUGAAGAAGAGGAUUAUCAAACAAUUAAUAAUAAAGUGACAUCUUCAAGUGUCGUAAAAGAUAGAGAUGAUGCCAGCAUCGUUUCGGCAAAUAAUAAUAAUCCUUAUGUGCUUACUAAAAUAAAGCAACUUAUAACAGCAGCCCCGGUAAGGAAUCAAAAGAAAGGGAAGAAAAAAGAAAAAUCUAAAAUUGUUUAA